AUGCAGGAACCACAGACCAAACUCACGGGAAGCCAGCCAGACGCCACCUUGACGCCUGCCGCCCAGCUGACGACAGACUCGACCAACCCCACGCCGUCCCGCAACCCGUGGCGACCGAAGACGAGCUCACCGGACGCUAGGGAGAAGAGUCCUAGCGGCGUCGAAGCUGGGGACCAGCAACCGGAGUCGACAACCUCCCCUGCACCCGACAUGAAUGCGCCGAAGCCUGACGCGACCCAGGGCGAGAUAGGCGACACUGACGACAAGACUGAGGCCCCGCCCAUCAUCGCUAAGGCCGUCACCCAACCGGCCCAGGACGCCGACGCCCAAGCGCCAGCGACCAAUAACGACACACCGACCCCCUCCGAGCCCAUCGACAUCCCAGUCAAGGGAAAAUCGGCCACGGCGCGCCGCAAAGCCAGGGAAGCGGCGGCCGUCGCGCUCAAACGCGCAAACAAGAAGCCAACCAAGCACGUCGGACCGGCUGCUACGACCGGGGAAGAGAAGACGGAGGGAGGGACGCGCACCCCGAGCGACGCUAGAAAGAGACGCCGCGUGUCGGAGGACGUCGGCAAUGGCGAGGAGCAGGCUACCACGGACGUACGCCAGGACGCCCCCGCGCGCACGAUGAGAACCUAUGUACGUCGUGACGGGGAUAUCAUCAUACCCCCGCUAGCUGACUACGGCCUUGAGUCCCUCCAUCCCCUGCGCAAAAACUACGACGAGGACGGCAUGAGUAUCGUGGAGGACGACGGAGACGUCGGCGGCAACGGCGAGGACUCUGACAACGAGUCGACGACCUCAAACAUGGAUAUCGUGUCCAGCCUGGACGUCGUACCCGAUAUCAUCCCAGCGACGGAAGACUUUGUGGCGGGAUUCAUGGACGAGGACCUGCCCGCCUUCUACGAGCGCGAGGUGACGUGGGCAAGUCUCCAACCGGAGAGUCGGGCGCGAACUCCCUUCCCUCGCGUAGCGCACACCACCAGGAGCAACAUCCCCACACGCACGGCCACGCCGAACGACUUCUUCGCGACCGGUAUAACCUCGCCUCGCACGCCUACGAAAGCGAGUCAGGGACGCGUCAACGACGCGACGCCGCGCGCACCGACACGUAACCACGGAACACAACGCACGACCCGCCCUGCAGAAAUGAUGGCAGUGGACGAGCUCGAAACGACGCCGACGCCGCAACCAGCGACAUCCCUGGCAGGGCAGCGCCGGGGAGGGCUAGCGAGGACAUCGCGACAAUACCAAGCGAUCGCCGUACCCAAUACCUUAACUCGACGCACUGAUACAGAGUGGCCGCUGUCCGGGUGGAGACACGCGUACCAAAAGUUCGACGGUAUGUCGGACAAGCAGUACGAGUCCUGGGAGGAGAUCGCGGACGCAGGCCCGACGGUAGUCAUCAUCAUACCGCGCUGCGGCGCCGACGAGCCCGAGACCGGGGCCCGACUCAUGGCCAUCACGGAGAUCCUCGAUGAGCACCUCGGCAUCAGCGAUGAGAUGCUCGUCGCCGCGAACUCGACCAAGAAGCUGAAGGACAGACGACGUAACGACAACCCCCUCGCCAUCCUCUGCUUCAACAUCACCGACGCACAGCGUGACAAAAUGAUCGGGACCGCCUGGCUCCCAACGUCCGACGGUACGAUCGGCUUCCUGCGUUUCGAUCCCGAGAACCCGCGCUUCGCAGGCGCAUGGAGACUUCCGCACAAGUUCGGCGUGACCUCGCCAAACGGGUACACGGCCGUCUUCUGCCGCGAGCUCAGGAAACCGGAACUGCGCGUCCCCAUCCAAGCCGUCAUGGAAGAGGACAUCGCGGACGACGGCAUAUGGGCAAACGACACCAUCGACGACGCGUACGAGAAGUUCAUCGCGUCUGCGGAGGCUAAAUACCUCAAGGUCAAGCUGCAGGACGGCACGCCUGACCCCCUCGUUCGCCUCUUUAUCGACCCACCGACCGCGGACCCCAACGCCUGGGAGACGUUCCGCACACUCCUAAGCGACUAUGACUUCGGCAGCGCGGCCACCGGUAAGCCUGAGGCGUACACCGAGGACAUGAGAUGCGCGUACUGCCAUGCCGCGGACCACCCGGUCGGCCUCUGCGAGCUCGUGAAGCUCCCAAAGUGGCACGACGUCAUCCCGGGCGCCGCUGACGGACCAGUCCGUGGAAAUGCAGUGCGAGGACGCGGCGGCGGACGCGGCAACCGGGGCAGGAACGGUGGUGGAGGUAGGGGCGGCUACCAGGGCAAAGGCAAAGGCGUCGACAGGUCGUAA